GUGCGCUAUUCACUUCCCAAUCCCUCCUGCCUGGCUGUCAAAAGCACUUAUAACCUAAAUCUAAGAGAAAACUACCAGGAGUUUACUCGCAAUUAUAAAACCAUUUGAAGCAAAUAAAAGUUACAGCUCAAGAACCAGAAUUGAUCGGUUUUUUAACCUCUGUGAUGUGUAAUUUCAGUGUUUUCGCGUGAAAAAUUUCCUAACCAAAAUUCUUAACCUACUUUCAAUUUACAACAAAGUAAAUAAAUAAAUCAAUGAAUAAACUUUUCGUAUCGCCGUUGAUCAAUCGUGUGAAAACGUAGUACAAUAAAAUAAAAACUAUGGAAUCUAAUGUUACGUAAAAGUAUGAAAAAUUUUAAAAAUCCACGAGAUCCCAUGAACCGCUCCGAGUCCGGAAACGUGAGCGAGAAAAAAAGUAUGAAGUCAAUACGCGACUGGAGGCAAGCACUCCGUACACCUCAUGUCUACAGAGUAGGCAAUAGCACAUUCCGUAUCCAAAGUCAUUUCUUCGCUAUUGUUGUAACCAUAUUAGUACUAAUGGUUAUAUUCUACAUGUAUCCUCCGAUACAAAACAUUCUACCUACUCGUCUAACUUCAUCAUCUGACGAUUCUCUGGUUCCAUCUUGCCAUUAUUAUAAAUACAAUAAGACAUAUCCAAUUACACCGCCUGUAAAAACCAAGACAGGGAUAUCUUAUAGAAUUGCAAUAAUCAGCGACUUGGACUUGGACUCAAAAAGUACUGAAGCCCAUGAUAGCUGGUUUAGUAUUAUGAAGAAAGGCUCCAUUUUAUGGAUGCCCCAAAAGAAUUUUCUAUCAGUCUCUUGGGACGAUGGACACAUUUUACUGUCUUCUUCUUUAAGCAUGAAAGGUAGAGGAAUGGAACUCUCAGAGCUUGUUACCUUUGAUGGAAAAUUAUUCGCCAUGGAUGAUAGAACAGGAAUGGUUUACUCGAUAGAAGGGGAUAUGGUCUAUCCAUGGGUCAUUCUGAUGGAUGGAAAUGGAAAGAAUGCUAAGGGUUUCAAGUCUGAAUGGGCAACAGUAAAAGAUGAACAGCUCUAUGUUGGCAGUAUGGGAAAAGAAUGGACAACUACCAUUGGAGAAUUUGUCAAUAAUAAUCCCCAAUGGGUUAAAACUAUUUCCGUACUCGGAGAAACUCAUUCCCUCAACUGGAUCUCAAAUUACAAACGACUGCGACAAGCGAUCAACAUUGAAUAUCCUGGUUACAUGAUACACGAAUCGGGAGUCUGGAGCGACAUUCAUAAGAACUGGUUCUUCCUACCAAGAAGGUGUUCCGAGGAGCAAUAUAAUGAAACCAAAGAUGAAAGCAUGGGUUGCAAUGUUUUGCUCAUAGCAGACGAAAACUUUUUAAAUAUCAAGGUAACGAAAGUCGGAAACUUAGUUCCUAUACGAGGAUUUGCUAGUUUUAAAUUCCUUCCUGGCUCAAAAGACCAAAUUAUAGUUGCCCUUAAAACUGAAGAGCACCAGGGGCAAACGGCGACGUACAUAACGGCAUUCACUAUCGAAGGUCUAGUACUGAUGCCUGAAAUUAGGGUAUCAGAUAAAAAAUUCGAGGGGCUAGAAUUUAUAUGAUGCUCAAUAAUACGGCGGAAAGAAAAAAAGUUAGUAAAGUUCCUCCGUUGUAUUAUAUAACAAUAAUUUGUACAUGAUUAUAUAUUAUACGUAUUGUUUAUUAUA